AUGACUCAAUCGUGCCGGGUUCAGACGAGAGUGAACGUUUUCUGGGCUUCAAGCGCGACUGCGUGCAGGAGCGACGAUUGGGCGGGAUCGCGACAGGAGGCACUGGCGUUGAACGCUCGAGAGGCCCAGCUGCUGCUGCAAAAACUACGCUCUACUGAGGCUGCUCUUCAUGACGAGCGGCAGCUGAGCGGCCGGGAGCGUGAGGUCAUCGUCGAGCGACUGCGGUUUGCCGAGUCUCAGGAUGAGGCUGCCAGGGAGAGGCUGGCGCGCGCGUUGUCCUCCCUGCGGACGCGGGCUCGUGAAGGGGCUGCAGAGGCAGCCGCCCAGCACGGCCACACCGAGGACUGCCUGGUCCGGUUGAAAGAAGAAAACGCGAAGCUACAGGCUUCUCAAGCAAGCUGCCAAGCGCAGCUUCAAGAACUGCGCGAAGAGUUGGCGAAGUCUCACCGGUCCAAACAGGAGGCUGUGGAGGAUAAGAGCAAGCUGCUGGAGGCCUUGACGCAGCUGCGUUCCGAGCGGGCUGAGGCGAAGCAGCUCCGCGUGCAACAAGAGGGUGCACAGCUGGUUCAGGUCACAGCAGACCGAGACAGGCUUGCAGGAGAUGCCAAGCGGCUCCGGUUGGAGUGUGAGACGAGGCAGCGAGAGGUCCGCCUGCUCGAGGCCAACUUGGAGUCUCAGCGCAGAGCGGCGAGGUAUUUGGAGGCAGAGUCGGAGAAGGAGGUGCGAAUGCUUCGGCACGAGAUGAGCGAGUGCUCCGCCUCAGAUUUGCAGAGGGCGGAAGCCGAUGCAAAGGAGAAGGACCGUCUGACCAAAGCCCUGGCCGAAGCCAUGGAACGUCAGCAGGCUCCCUCGAAUCUUCUGCACGAGCUAAAGCGUUGGAACGGUGCCACGCUCCUGCUGGGUUGGUUCGACAUGGAGCAAACCUUGCAGGACUGGGAUGGUGCUCGCGAUGAGCUUCGGAAGGAGAUGCGAAGCUGGCAGGGUCAGGACCUCCAGCUGCAAGCUCGGACUCUGGAAGCUUCGGCGUGUGGCAGUUCCAAGGGGGCCAAGGUUUCAACUGGACAGGGCUCUGGAGGAUGCUGCAGUUGCGAGGCCAUCGACAUCGGCCCAUCGGCCGAGAAUGUCGGUCCGGUGUUGUCCCACGCGCCAGGCAGCGAGUGGCGGUGGGACACUCGCGAUGCAGCUUCGAGCCUCUGGGCACGGCCGACACCGCUGGCAAACAGGCAAGCUUCGAUGGAGCUUGAGAAGACGACGGUGUCCUUGGAAGCAGAGAUGAAUGCAGCAUUUGCACAGGCCGACAGAGUGAAGGGAGCUUCAGAGCAAUCCCUCGCCCUGUCGCUCUGUCGCCAUGUCAUGCCAUGUCAGGCUCAAGCAGCAAAAGCCGCGGAAGAGUCUGCGCUCGCUGCCCUGUCCGACGCAAGCUUGGCAUCGCUAAGGCGAAGUAAGGGCUUCGCUCUGCUCCGCCUACUCUGCUGCUCCGAGGAAAGUGAGCGCCGCUGCCAGACCGGCCUGCGACGCAUGGACGCGAUGCUGGCAGACACCAAGGAGCUGACCCGCGAGCUGGCGAAGCACAAGCACCUCGCCAAGGGAAUGGACGACUUGGUCCGUCGUCACGAGAGGAUGCUCAGGCAGCGCGACCAGGAUCCUCUGCAAGCCACUCCGACCUUUAGCGAAGUUCGAUCGCGUUCAGGGAGAAGGCCUUCUCCACAAGCCCGGCAACCCACAGUUCCAACGAGGUCAGUGCAGGAGGUGGACCAAACCACUUCGGGUAGAAGCGAGUUGAGGCGAUCCGCGCAGUUGGCAGACCUGCACCGAGCUGGAGGCGCAGACUCCCGAAAGGCUGCCGCUUUGUCUCUGAACUCGCCUCCCGAUGCAGGAAGGCUCCGAAGCGGCUCCUUAUCUCCAAGAGAUCGGAGCAAGACACAGGAGUUACGGGGAAGCCCGUACUGGCGACUCCAAGCGCCGCCACCUCGGCGAACUCAUACCGGCCCUUCUCAGCAGCGCCGCCCCGCAGGCCGCAGCCUUCUGCGAACUUCGGGAGUGCUUCUCGCUGGAGGGAGGCGCGGCUGUGACAUGCUGCGUCCUGCCUGCGACCUGCGCUCUCUUUGCGAGGCAUCUCGAACUGAAGACAGGCUCAGCUCGGGGUCCUCGGGUUUUCGAGAGUCUCUGAUUCGAAGUGAGGAGUUCAGGGCGCUCGAAGGCAGGCUCCGUGCUUGA